CGUUCAUAUAGCAUUUCUAAACGGGCUUUUCACCAGUGCAAUGACACAGCGAAGAGAGUGAGCGAGCAGAGAUAUCGGUAAAGGCUUUAUUGGACAACCCCGCAGUGACACCCCCCACCAGGCUUUUUUUUCUUCUCGCCUGUGCGCGCGCAGGAGCAGCUGUCAUUGGCGCUUGUGCCCGCGCGCUGCAUUUAGCGAGACUAUCCUGUUUGAAGAUUAUGCUGCAGCUCUUGGCCAUCUUGUGUCAGACAGGAUGAGAGUGUGAAAAAAAAAAACACCUACAAGGAGAGGAGCGUUUUUUUUCUUCUCAGCGUUGACAGGCAAAAAGGCAAAAAUCACGUCUGCUAUCGCCGCUGUGUGUUUUGGAAAGACCUCGUACGAGCUGUGGAUUAUUCCUAGGACAUCACACUGAAACCAUGAGCUGGGGGACAGAGCUAUGGGAUCAGUUUGACAACUUGGAAAAGCAUACACAGUGGGGGAUCGAGUUUGUGGAAAAGUACACCAAAUUUGUCAAGGAGAGAUCAGAAAUUGAAACCAACUAUGCAAAACAGAUUAGGAAUCUAUCAAAGAAAUAUCAGCCCAAGAAGAACUCCAAAGAAGAAGAAGAGAGCAAGUACACCUUCUGUCGAGCCUUCCUAACAACACUGAACGAGUUAAAUGAUUACGCAGGUCAACACGAAGUUAUUUCUGAGAACCUGACAUCUCUUAUCAUCACCGAACUUACGCGCUACCUACAAGAACUCAAGGCUGAGAGAAAAUCGCACUUCCAUGAUGGGCGUAAGGCACAGCAGCACAUUGAAAGCUCGUGGAAACAGCUGGAAGCGAGUAAAAAACGGUUUGAGAGGGAGUGUAAAGAGGCAGAAAGAGCACAGCAGUACUUUGAGAAGAUGGAUGCUGACAUUAACGUGACUAAGGCUGACGUGGAAAAGGCACGGCAGCAAGCUCAGAUGAGGCACCAGAUGGCUAGUGACAGUAAGAACGAAUAUGCCGCCUACCUGGAGAAGUUCAACAAGGAACAGAAUGAACAUUACUAUACAAUUAUUCCCAACAUAUUCCAGAAACUUCAAGACAUGGAGGAGAAAAGAAUUGAGAGGAUAUCAGUGUGCAUGAAGACAUUUGCAGACGUGGAUCGUCAGGUGCUGCCCAUUGUGGGAAAAUGUUUAGAUGGCAUGACAAAUGCUGCCGAGUCCAUUGAGCCCAAGGCUGACUCUAAGCAGGUGGUGGAGUCCUUCAAGUCCGGUUUCGAGCCCCCAGGAGAUGUAGAGUUUGAGGACUAUGGCCAGGCCAUGAAGAGGACAGUAUCUGAAACCAGCCUGUCCAACACCAAAGAGGGCAAAGAGAAGCCUGGUGUCAAGGCCAAAAGCAAACUGUGGCCUUUCAUUAAGAACAAGAACAAGCUUAUGUCCCUGUUAACGUCCCCCCACCAGCCCCCACCUGCCCCCCCAGCCUCAUCCCCACCCUCACCCUCUGCUGUUCCCAACGACCCCCAGUCUCCCAAGCAGCACAAGGAGCCCCUCUCCCACCGCCUCAACGACUUCAUGGCCUCCAAACCCAAAAUGCACUGCCUCCGGAGCCUGAGGCGAGGGCUUUCUCUCAAGCUGAUCACACUCAAUUCCCACGUCCGGAAUCUCAUUGAGUGUUGCAUGCUGAUACGGGGAGAAGGGGGUUCUGUACCGGAGGACUUCAGUCACCUGCCGCCAGAGCAGAGGAGGAAGAAGCUGCAGGGCAAGAUCGAUGAGCUGAGUAAAGACAUACAAAAAGAAAUGGACCAGAGAGAUGCUUUGACUAAGAUGAAAGACGUGUAUAUAAAGAACCCUCAGAUGGGAGACCCGGCCAGUGUGGACCCCCGGCUAACAGAAAUAGGUCAAAACAUUGAGAAGCUCCAGUCUGAAGUACAGAAAUUUGAGGGCUGGUUAGCAGAGGUGGAGGAGAGGAUGCCGUCUAAGAGUGAUUCAAACCGGAAAAGCGGACUCUAUGAGACCCAGAAUAGCACAACAGUGAGCAACAACUGUGCACAGGACAGAGAGAGCCCGGAUGGCAGCUACACAGAGGAGCAGAAUUCAGAGGUUCAGGUCAAAGCCCAACCCAUCCCCACCCCAACCACCACGACGGAGUUCGAUGACGAGUUUGAUGAUGAGGAGGUCCUGCCUACCAUCGGCACCUGCAAAGCCUUGUAUCCCUUCGAAGGUCAUAACGAGGGCACCAUCUCCGUGGCUGAGGGCGAGCUGUUGUACGUCAUAGAAGAAGACAAAGGAGAUGGCUGGACACGCGUGCGGAGGAACGAGGAUGAGGAGGGAUACGUGCCCACAUCCUACGUUGAAGUGUUUUUGGAAACGAAUGCCAAAGGUGCUAUGACAUACAUUUAACUCAGCAAGUUCUUGCUAUGACAGUUUUUGUUACUCUGUAUUCCAUUCACGUGCUGAACGAGUGGGGCAAGUUACAGAGAUUAUAGAUGCUAGCUCAGACACACACACACAGACACUUCACGCUGCUCCACAAAGAAGGAGCAAUCGGAUUUGUCCAUUGUGCCUCAUAACAGUUGGAAAAGUUGUUUCUGGUAGCGUGAGCUGUGCCAAUCAGAUAUCAUGUCUAAGAAGUGUUUGAGGUGAAGCCUGUUGUUAUCUCAUCUCUUAUUCACGGCAGUGCCACCUAGUGGUCAUUGAAAAUAAAACAUGGCACACUCAAAGCUCAUGAUGGCGCAAAUCAGCACCUAACAGCGAUCACCUGUACAUUUGAGACAUUCAGUAUUUGAUUUUCUUUUAGGUUUUAAAAUGUUGAAUAACAAUAUUCUACUCAAAUAAAAACACUGUUAAUCAAGACUUUGAGCCAGAACUGUGGCCAAAGCUGAAUCUGUGUGGUGAUAAAUCAGCUGAGUGAAUGUAAGCACCGUGUGAAGAGGCAGUGACCAUCAACUCAAAGUUACAUUUUUAGAAGUUAUUGUGUUUUGGUCACUUGACGUACCUAAAAAGAAAGAAUGCUCAAUGUGCAAUCAAGCAAAUGUAAUUUAAAUCAGCUGUACAGUAUGAAGACAUAUCAAGAGAUAUUUUUGUAGGUUAAACUAGAUUAAAAAUCAUGCUGCUGCCUCUCAAGUGUUGCAUGCUCUAGAUAAAUUACAGUGUUGUUACAACAGGAACAAGUUAUUUUCCCCUGUAAGGGGUCAUUUUUUAAAAUAUUGUCCAGUUUAAUAACAUUAAUAGCCGCCUUAUAAUGUUUCCUUUUUCUAAAUUCACCUUUUGAUAAUGACAGUGUUGGGCUGUUCUGGUCCUUUUUUGCAGGCCAGUGGUAAAAGAGUAAAGGACUGAGAAUUAGCUGAAGUAAACUAUAUAUGGUGAGGCUUAGCUGGGAUAUGGAGCUGGUCAUGACUCUAAAGCUUUGUGGUUUGUUUGCAUCGGUCUCUGAAGUGUGUACUCUAAAAGCAUGGCGUGUGUAGCCUCUGGGUCGUUUCACUGCUCUGUUACUCUUUUCCAAGAUCAGGACUCUCUCAAAAAUCAUACCAGAGCCUUUGUUUAACUCUCACUCUUUUAAAGACACAACUCACCUCAAAAUAGAAUUUACACAUUUUUCCUCUGGCCUCUAGUGCUAUUUUCUUACUGUGCAACUACAUCCACUAACUGUAAAAACCAUGCAGCUAGCUAACAUUAGCAGCAUUGAUGUAAAUGGCCUGUAUUUGUACAGCGCUUUACUUAGUCCCUAAGGACCCCAAAGUGCUUUACACUACAUUCAGUCAUCCACCCAUUCACACACUGGUGAUGGCAAGCUACAUUGUAGCCACAGCCACAGCCGCAGCCGCACUGACAGAGGUGAGGCUGCCAGUCACUGGCGCCACCGUGCCCUCUGACCACCACCAAUAGGGUGAAAUGUCUUGCCCAAGGACACAAUGACCGAGACUGUCCGAGCCGGGGCUCGAACCGGCAACCUUCCGAUUACAAGACGAACUACUAACUCCUGAGCCAUGAUCGUACAUGCUGUCACUCUGCUAUGAAUGCCCAGUGAGACAGUUUAGGUAGAAAGAAAACAGGUUUUACAUAAAUCUGCUCGCACCAAAACAGUCUAGAUCAGGGAUGACAAAAGCAUUUCACACUGUGGACCACAUAUAGCCGCCUACCCGUUCUACUCCCCUUUCUGUAAGUGUAAAAAAAGUCAAAUUACACAUUUAAACUUUGAGAUAUCUUAAUAUAAUUUUUAAAAUAAGGUGCAAUUUCAACAGGACAUCUGUUUUUUGUACAUGAUAAAGAAAAGCUGCUGUAGUAAAUGACAGAAAUCUGUUAGAAUGACUCUUUGGGCUUAAAUGGUAAGAAACAAAUUACAGAAAAAGUUUUAGGUGUAGCACAUUGACUGCCCUGUAAUUAAUAGCGUUUUUCUUUUGUUAAUUCACAGAAAAUACCUUUUUUUUUUCUUACUGUAUACACAUUGUAAAAAAAAACAACCAAAAAACGUUUCUGUCAUUUCAUUUUUUUUCUAUAACCUAAUUACUUUAGUGUAGUGUGAAUAGCUAUAGGCUGUUUUUUAUCAUUAAAGAUAAAGCUGGAAAACUUAUAAAAAUAUCAUCUUUCAUGUUUUCCAAAGCUGUCCAGUGGGCCUGGUUAGGAGUCUUUGCCAGGCCGAUUCUGGACCCUGGGUCUUAUGUUUGACACCACAGAUCUAAAAAUAGUACUACAGGCCAGAUAUCGUAUGAUUUUGGGAGUUGAAGGGUCCCUUGUAUCAGUUUUGAAGAUUUGUUACAGCCAUAGCAUGGCCGUGUCUGCGAAGUGUAACUCUACAUCAGGUUUUACACACAGAAAUUGUGAAAUUUGGUGUGUGCUGUGGCGUUUGUGGGAGUUUUAUCGUAACAGGAUUACAGCAUGUUGUGACAGUAUAGCCACUGCAUUCUAACAUGCAUUCAAGCCCAGUGGUUUUAGUUAAACAGAUGCAUGUUUGUGUUAAUUCAGGUCGUACAACACACGUCUUUCUUGGAGGUACAGUAGUAGUACCAGUUUAAUGUAGUCUCAUAUUUAAUGCAAUGACCUCCUCUCCAUAUCUGAAUAUAUGGGUUGGUCUUCACUUCUUUUUAAAGCUAACUCUUCUUUUUGUUAUUUUUUGUUGUUUGUAUUUUCCUUUUUGAAUUACAGAUUCCUAAAAGUGUGAGGCUGGCUGAGGAAUGGCAGGGCAAGCAGCCUCGGAGAAACCACCACGUUCCUCACAUGCUCACAGAGUCAGAGAGAAAGAUGACCUGAGUCUAAAAGAAAGAGAGAGACGGCCGAUUAGAACGCAUCUGAAUUUUCCAAACAAACAAACAAACAAAAAGAAAAAGUUUAGACAGAACGCAUCAAAAAUUUAGUGCUCAUAACUUCUCCAUUUUUAACCCCCAUUCAGCAGUCACAGCCGCAGUACACAAACGGCUUUAUGUUGUUUUCAGCAACGCUUUGCUUUUUAAUGUAACUAACUGCUCGCACCAUGUGCGGUCAUGACUGAGGCUGCUGGCUUCCCUGGCUCUGCCACUUCUCUUUUUUCCUUCCCUUUGCCCUGUGACACACAAACACACACACAUACAUGAAGGAGGGUGUGGUCAGAGACAGGACGGAGACAGGACGGAGACCGACAGGAGCGGACGGACAAAAGAACCAGGUGGAUGAAACGCUCACUCGCCCACUGACUCGAGACAGAAUCAUCCCAGGUUCAUCUGACGCCACAAGAUGCUCAUAUUCACGCCUUCCACUUAAAUCAGCUCUAUAUUUGCAGGUUUCACUUAACUGGAAUCAGAAGAACUGAAGGUGCUAAUCAUCUGUCUUUGUGUCCUGUGCUUCUCAUUUAUGUUCAUUUGAUCUCAGUGGUCGUUGGUCUUUUGUGUCACAGUUUCCACUUUCCUCCUCACCAAGAUCACUUCCACAUAUCCAGGACCAGCUGAAGGGGCAGAACUCUAGAUGAUGGUGUCAUCCACCAUCCAUACCAUCCAGCCAUUUCUUGUUCUGUCACUGGUGCCUGUUCCUCUCUCUGACCACACCCCACCCCCUUCCUCACCUCCACAGCCCUUCCCCCCUCCCUCAGGCUAUGGCGGCUCAGGCUAGCUCCCUUGGCUGCUUUAAGCCUUUUUUUUUCUUUUUCUUUUGCAACAGCUCGGGGGGCGGGGGUCCCUCAGCAUUGUGGUGUGCUGCAUGCUUGCCCUGUCUUCCUCCUCGCCCCUGUGCUGGCAGGUUGGAGGAGGCGGUGGGGGUGUUAAGCCUGCUUACGCCCCUUCCCUCCAGCCUUUAAGUUCAGUUAACCCUCAUUGCCUAGUCAUACUGUUUGAAUUAACCUGAAUGCUAUUGUUUGGGUUUGGUGCCUGUGGGUCUUUUUUUUUUCUUUUUCUUUUUUUUUUAAAAUUACGUACAUGUUUUUUCAGUCAUCUGUUCAGAAAGCAUGUUUCCCCGUUUUUAACAGAAAGUAAGUGAUCUCAAAUUUGUGUAGUUUAAUCACAAAAAAUGACGAUAGGAACCCGAACUGUCAUUUUGUUUUUUGUUUUUUUCUUUUCUUUUUUCAUGAAUGAUCUCAUGCAUAGAUAGGUCAAGGUUGUUUUGUUUUUUUGUAAGUACAGUACGUAUGAAAAGUGUUAGUUUGCUAUGUUUUGAUCAGAGCGUCUAAUGCAAGUUGUUAGUUUAAAGUUAAUCACCUUGUGGAAGUGGCUCCACUUGGUCCAAGCAGCACCCAAAAAUGAAACCUAUGAAGAUAUGAGUUACACCCGAUGUUUGUAACAAGCUCCACCUACUGUCUACUGUAUAUGAAAAUAUACUGUGAUCGUUUUCCUGUGAGUUUUUGACUGAAAUGUGACAACACGCCGAUCAUCACCCGUUUUGGGCCUUAACCAGGUUUCACUGAGAGGAGGAACGAUGCUGACAUUUGCUGUGGUAUGGUGAGGAGAUGAAGAUGUGAUUAUCUCGAGGGGGCAAAUUUCUAAUCAUGAAACUGUCAGGGUAGAGAAAUGAUGUCCACUGAUUCCCCCUGCUCAAUGGCACAUAAUGCACGUGAUUUUUAACAUUUUUGUUUUAUAUAUGACGAGUGAAGAUUCUCUCUUUUUCUUCCUUUUUUUUUCUCUUCUUUUUUUAAAGCUGGAAUGAUAUGUUGUUGCUUAUUGUACCUGAAUGGGACUAAAAUCCCUUAACUGCAAACAUGAGUAACCGUUACAUUGUUUUUAUGUUUUGGAUGAAGCCAUCGUAUAUUUGUCUAAUGCAGAAUUUUAUGAACACUCCCCGUGUGGAGGAAUGAUGGACGUACUGAUCAUUUGGACUGCCGAUGUAAGGAAUGAUCAAAUCCCUGCUGAAUCAAAUACCACGUUUGCUUUCGCCCCUCUCAUCGCUUCACACAUCACGGUGAUCAAACAAUGUCUGGCAAAUGAUAUGAUUAAAUCCGAUGAGGCAGCAGUAGCUUUAGGGCAGGCUUUUGCCUGCCAGUGCUCUGACACGAGACCACCACAAACCUUUUCUGUCGAUGCCCCAGAAUAACCCGCGUGUACAGUGGAAAUGGCGUGAUGGAAUUAGAGAAAAUAUAUAUGAGUAUAUAAAUAAAGUUUAAAAAGGAAAACGUCUAUUUUAACUAUGGAGAGUCUUACCAUUACUUUAUCUGCUUUGCAAAGUAAGACUUCUUUUCCUUUGUAAGGUCUACCAGAUGGUGUGUUUUUGCACUUUUUCGUUUGUGUUCCAUUCGGUAGGCCAUGCUUGUGUUUUGGAGCACUGAAUACUUUGUAUUGUGUUUACUGUGCCAAUUAAAUAUGCCUGGAGAGUAAA